AUGUCCGAGUAUCCAGGAUGUGCUAGAACCCAAAAGAUGCAACAAACUCCUGAUCCUAGACGCCCUGAUCGCGAACGCCGUUUUAAACCUCCUCCGCCAACAUCAGCACCAACAGAAGAUCUUACUACUGAUUACAUGAAUAUUCUUGGAAUGGUAUUUUCAAUGUGUGGAUUAAUGAUGAGAUUAAAGUGGUGUGCUUGGACAGCUGUGUUUUGCUCUAGUAUCAGUUUCGCAAAUUCAAAGGUUUCUGAUGACACCAAGCAGAUUGUAAGUUCAUUUAUGCUUUCAAUUUCUGCGGUUGUGAUGUCAUACAUGCAAAAUCCUGCACCAAUGUCUCCACCUUGGGCUUCUCUGACAACA